CAAGACGCUCGAAUGCAUCCGCUGGAAACGCAACCAAUUUGCUUCCUAGCCUCCGUUUACUCCCGCCACACUCCGAAAAGGAUGCUCGCGACCGUAGAAGGAAAGCUCUGACGUGUCAGGCUACCACGUCGCCGGUUGCCAUCAUCUGGGAAUCGCCGCCUGUUCUACAACAGCGAGAAAAUGAAGUCCUUCGCAUUGACGAUCACUGCUCUUUGCGCGCUUUCAUCGACUGUCGUCAAUGCAGCAGCGCUCAUGAAACGAACCUACCUCGAAAAUAGCUCCUGCAAGAUGCUUUGUACUGUGCCGAGCUCGCCAAACUUCCUCCUCACCUUCAACGCUCACUGGACCUCGGUCAACAACAUUGCGCGCUUUACAUACAUCGAUGGGUUCACUCCUGCGCCUGGCUCGUGGACGGGCGUGAAUGGUCCCCUUCCUGGCGAAGCUGGCGUUUACUACACCAAAGUCAAUGUGGGAGACGCAAACGGUCAAUGGCAAUUCACCUUUAGACUCGUCUACCGUCCUGCACACGACACUCUCCUGUUCGAGCUUAUGUCAGACUCAAAAGUCGGACCGAAUAUCGUGACCGAUUGCGGUCUCGUUUGCAACAAUAUGGAUAUCAAUAAGUACGUCGAGGGCGCAGCAGUGCCCUGAGCUGGACUCAAUGCAUGC